AUGUCAACGCUCUUCCAAGACCCCUGGUCGCGUAUCCUUCUCGAAAACUUCAUGCUUCGGACAGCUGGUGUCCUCGCUGCGAGAAAGACUACAGAGAACCCCUAUCUGACUUGUGUGCUCCCGCGAGCAUUAUCUGACGAGCUGAUUCUCCAUUGCGUCCUGGCCUUGAGUGCUACCCAUCGAGCUCAUGAAGAUGCCACCACCUUUGAUUACGAAAGUCUCAACAGCAGACAUUACGUCUUGGCCCUCCGCCAGCUAAGGCGAGAUUUGUCCAAGGCUAUGGAUGCCAGCGCCGAGGAAAAAUUGCGUCUACUUCUAGCCACAAAUUUGUUGGCUACCCUUGAGGCCGUAGGGGGCAACACACACGGUGCUGCGUUUUACCACCUCCACGCCAGUCAGCCUUUUUUGCCGGCCGCAUUUACCGCGCCCUUGAAAUCAACUCAAGCUGAGCUAGUAUCCUUCUUGGCUGAAUCACACGCUUACAUGUGUCUGGUUGCCAAUAUUACCUUUCCCAGCGAUGAGGUCGCCCAAAGUCUAUUGACAGAUCCUUUUCUCUCCUCACUGGAGCAUCUUCGUGCGGAAGGAACGUACGGUGUAAUGUUUGGCUGUGCGCAUGGUCUGUUUCAGCUCAUUCCGAGCAUCUGCAACCUGGCCACAACCCGAAUACAAGAAAAACAACACGGGGUGGCAUCCUCUGACACUCUAGCUCUUUAUUAUCACCUUGAACAUCAGAUUCGCAGCUGGCGAGUCCCUUCCGAUCUCUCGGUUCAAGGUGAAUGGUAUGACCAACUGUCGGCGGCAGCGGAAAUCUACCGUCAUGCUUUGCUAAUCUUUACACACACGGCAUAUGAGUGCUCCCCGACAGCCACCGAAGAGACGAUGAGUAAACUGCAGCCUGAAAUCGACGCGGUCUUCCCUCUGGCCCAGCAACUGUUCUCUUAUGGGAGUUUCCCUCCGAUGGCGACCAUUAUGCUUUGGCCAGCCAUGGUCUUGGGCUCAUGUCUCCGGCGUUUGGAAGAUCGGAGAUUACUGCGGGAAGUUCUAUUGGACUUCCCUCUGAGAAUGGGAAUAGUCAGGCAGGCUGCGGCGUUACUGGACUUACUCUGGGAUGAUGCAGCUGACGAUCAAUUGUUUGGGCCACUGGGUUUGCACGUUGUCAUGGCAAAGAACGGAAUUAGCUUCUGCAUGGCUUAA